CACUCCUUGACCCCAAAGGCGCACUAUCAUCGUCAACUCCUACGCCCUUCAAACUUACCCCGCCAAUCACGGCAAUCACCACCCCGCAACUCGGAGCCCAUCUCCAUACUAGUACCACCUCAUCCUCCGUUCGAUACAUAAAUACAACAUCACCAUAACCCGAAAACAUGAACUCUCGUCUUGCAUUCUCACUCUCUAGAGCUAGAAUUGCACCUCGCUUCACUACAUUUCGAACAAUGGCUUCCUCAUCUGUUACCGUCCCUCCCGGAAAGUACGAGUUUCUCGUUGUCGUCCAUGACAAGCCCAAUGUUCGAGAGAAGAGACUCGAGGUUCGAGGAACCCACUUCAAGAACAUGGUUCCUAAUGUUGAGAAUGGAAGCUGGAAGAUGGGAGGUGCCAUUCUAAACGGUGUCCCCAAAGAUGACAGUGUCGACAGCCUCGACUUUGCCGGCAGUACCCUUGUUUGCAUCGCUGAAUCCGUAGAAGAGGUCAGAGAGCAACUCAGCAAAGACAUCUAUGCUACAUCAGGCGUCUGGGACAUGGACAAGGUCCAGAUCUACCCCUUCAAGGCCGCCUUCAGAAUGAACUAAUGCACAAGGCCAAUACCAUUCCCGUAGAGCCACGAUAGAGACCCUUUUCAAAACAGUGAACUGAUACUAUUCAUGCUGGUUAUCAUGAUCCGCUACCAUGAUGUUCCUGUUGUCCAUCCGUCGGUUGCUGACCUCGAAUCUUUGUGAUCAUUCGUUCCAUACCGCUUUGCUAACAAUAC